AUGCGAUUUUCCAGCUCUUUCCUGGUGUUGGCUUCAGCCAGCGCAGUCCUUGCCCGUCCCGCCGGUCUGGACAAAGUCAAAAGGCGGGCAACCGAGCUUCGCGAGAGCUACCAUUUCAUCGUCGCCGGCGGCGGGACUGCUGGUCUUACUGUUGCCGAUCGUCUGAGUGAAGCUUUCCCCGAGAAGAAUGUGCUCGUCGUUGAGUACGGAGCUUACCAGUACGCACCGGCUGUGUUUGAGCCACCCGGUACACCUACCGCGCCUGCGAGAUGGCAGUACUCUACGCUUCCCAUUCCAGAGCUCAAGAACAGAACAGCAAGUGUAGCAUCUGGACGGUCGCAGUCCGUCGGCGGAAGCUCAUGCAUCAAUGGGCAGUUCUUUGAUCGCGGCGCAGCUGCCGAUUACGAUAACUGGCGAGCCGCUGGGAGCCCCGACUUUGAUGACCAGCCCGAGUCUUGGGAUUGGAAGGGAAUACUGCCAUUUUUCAAAAAGAGCGUCACCUUCACCGAGCCGUCUGCCGAUGAUGCCAAGACAUACGGUUACACCUGGGAUAUGGAGGGUGCAUUCGGUGGCAAGGGACCAAUCAACUCGAGCUACCCCCCAUUCCAGUGGCCGAUCCAAAGCAAGUAUCAUUCUUGUCCCAUGUUCAAACAUCAUCCUAAUAAUUAUUGUGCUUUAGAACUAGCAGAUCAAGCUUUCAGAGAAAUCGGACUGAAGUCCGUAAAGGAAUGCGCCGGUGGCGAAAAGGUUGGCAUCUGCUGGGUUCCGACUUCGCAGGAUCCAACCACGGCGGAGCGUUCGCAUGCUGGCACAGGUCACUACAAGGACGUUAUCGCAAGCAGGAAGAAUUAUGACCUUCUUGAAAAGCAUAAGGUGGUCAGGGUGAUCUACCCCGAGGAGUCUGAUCUCAAAGGAGCCCCCAAGGUUGAGAUCAAGUCCUUGGAGGACGGAGAGACGUCCAUUAUCACAGCGACAAACGAAGUGGUCAUCUCUGCUGGCGCUUUUCACAGCCCUCAGAUCCUGCAGCGCAGUGGUAUCGGUCCCGCCGACCUCUUGAAGGAAGCUAAGAUCGAGGUUGUUCUCGAUCUACCCGGUGUAGGGUAUAAUUUCCAUGACCACGGCGGCGGUGCCGGUGUGUCGUUCAAACUUAAUAAAACGACCACACCCAAUCAAGGCAUGGUCUUCAGUAACAAGACUUUUCAGGCUGAAGCGCUCGAGCUGUACCAGGAGCGCCCGGCCAAGGGCCCUUUCACGCUAGCCAUGGGCAACAGCGCCAUCUACGUCGAUCUCCCGAGCAUCACCUCCGACUACAAGUCAAUAGUCGCAGCCGUCGAGGAACAAAUCAAAUCGGGCAAGCAUUCUGACUUCCUCCCAAAGUCGGCUUCGACAGAAGUCAUCGCCGGCUAUGCACACCAACUACAGAUCCUGGCUCGUUCCUUUGCCGAUCCGACAUCCCCCGUGAUGGAGGCGCCCUUCGGGAACGGGCCGGCCGGUGGCGGAUUCCACCUGAAGCCACUGAGUCGCGGCACGGUCUUGAUCAAUACCACCAAUCCCGAUGGGGAGCCGGUGAUCGACUACCGCUCUUGCUCGAAUCCCGUCGACUGGGACAUCCUGGCCAGCUUCGUCGGGUACUUCAGGCGCUACACCCAGACACCUACCAUGGUGAGCCUCGGGGCGCGGGAGGUGUACCCCGGCGCUAACGUGACGAGGCGCGAUGCCAUUGUGAAUUACCUCCGCGGUUCGGUGACGGCCUCGUUCCAGCACCCUUGUUGCACAGCUGCCAUGAUGGCUAAGAGCAAGGGAGGCGUGGUCGGGCCAGAUAUGAGAGUGCACGGGACGGGAGCUUUAAGCGUCGUGGACGCGAGUAUCUUCCCUUUGAUCCCUGGGACGCACACCAGCGCCACCGUCUAUGCCGUAGCAGAGAAGGCGGCCGACAUCAUCAUCCGAAGGUGGAAGAAGGAGUAG